GCCGAGUUGUAGUUAUCCCCGUCCCCAUAUCUGCCACACACCUAACCACAGAGAACCGGAGCCCUGUCACGCUCAUCCUCUGCUCUCCCGGGUCGGCGUCAGACAGGAUGAACGUGCAGUUGAACGGCGUCGAACACCAUCGGUUCGACACGCUCGUUUUGCUGCAAGACUCGGUGGCGGCCAAGUUGGCCGCGAGAAAGUGGUUGGAUGGCAACGAGGCCGUUGCCAUCCACCUCAACUACCAGCACUUCGUCGACAUUGGGUUCGAGGACGCCCUGAUCAACGAAGACAUGGCUUUCAGACUCAUUCCGGAAGCGGCGUAUGUUCAGAUGAGGACAAAUGCUGCAGCUCUGGACGACUGUUGGCCGAACUACAAGUCCCCGAACCUGCGAGACGGACAGAAUCCCAGGACGCGUGAGUGGGUGAUGGGUAACAUGAAGGCGCACGGGCGGCGGAUCGUCGACAGGGAUAGGGCCCUCCUGUUGAGGUUCGAGAUAAAGGGGGAUCUUCGUUGCCGACGCCGCAUCAUCUUCAAGCCCGAGGUGCGCGAGGCGCUCGGUGCCGAGCCUCUGGUGCUAUUGCAGUACAAGAGGUGGCCAUGUGCCCUCGGGUGUACCGCCUUGAGCUAUUGCUGGUGGUGGAGGCGAUCGAGGCUGCGGAGGCGGCAGCGGCGGCGGCAGCAGCGGCGGCGGCCGCGGGGGCGGGAGGCGGUGGCGAGCCGGGAGAGGGAGCCCCGGCAGGCGGCGACGCGGCGGAGCCAGCGGCGGGGGCUGGUGGCGACGCGGCCGAGGGAGCCGCAGCUGGCGUCGACGGGGUGCAGUGAUCGCUCUGCCGAGGAGUAGAAGAGAAAAUACAUGGUGAAUGAGGCUAUUGGGAAUCUGACUUAAACUUGCUCGGACAACUACAUAUUGGAGGCAUCGGGGGCUGCUUCAGCAACAGUGAAGCGUCUUGCAUUAAUACUAAAUAGGACCAGAAUAGGUCUCCUGCCACAUCUGAAUACGGAAUCCAGUAGAGUUGAUGGAAACUACUUAUCUUUUCCACAACAUGAAUGACUUUGUUAUUUCUUUUGCUGUUGGUCCAUAGUUAGUGCAAGAAAAUUGAGAUGGUGGUUAGAAUGUUACUGCAACUAUGUUUUGGUGCUAUUUCAAGUGGAAAACCAGAAAUGAAUUGGCCUCGGUGCUGUUUCAAGUGUAGUGUAUUUCAUAUUGAUUAAUUGGCCUC